CAACAGAUGCAUUUGAUUUGUGCAUUCAAACCGCGCGGAUGAAUUUGACAUAGGCUUUUAACUAUUCAAUGUUUAUAUAUGACAAGACUACUGUUCUAUUUAAAUAUUAAUUAAUAAUAAUCUUUAUAAGACGCAAGAACAAAGAUUGAUCUUUAAAAAAGAUGGUGAAUGAAGAAGUAGUGGAAGGUAAUAAGAAGACUCAACCUAUAUUCAAAAGUCCAACUUUUCACGAUAAGUUUCGGCCAAUAAGUAAUACUGGAAAGAAAAGAACUUGGAGAUCUCUUAAACAGGUUCUAGCACAGGAACGUAGUUUACCAUGGCCUGCUGAAGUAGUACAUUAUAGUGCUAUCAAUGCACCACCAAGUUUUAAACCCGCAAAGAAGUAUUCUGAUAUAUCUGGCCUACCUGCACGAUAUACAGAUCCACAAACUAAAUUAUAUUAUGCAACUGCUGAAGAAUUUGCAACAGUUCGUAGCCUGCCAAUGGAUAUAACUGCCGGAUAUUUAGCGUUACGUGGUGCUUCUAGUAUCGUUGGUUAAGUAUUAUUUUCAUGAAAUUGCAAGAAAUAUAUAUUGUACAUUUCUUAA